GCUGCAGUCAGGAGGCUCUGGAGCUGGGUUCAUCCUAGGACUAUGGCAAAUCAGGAAGCCACUCCAGGAAGCCAGUCAGAGGAGAGCAGUGCUUUGGACCUGCCAUCAGCUUAUGACAUAAGGGAUUACGUGUUGCAGAGACCCAGCCAGGAGGCCAACAGUGAGGCUUAUAGUUCUGAGGAAGCCCUUUCUAUUCCUUGCUCUUCUGAUACGGAUCCAGACAGUAGUAACUUAAAUACUGAACAAAAUGAUUCCUGGACCUCUGAGAACUCCUGGCUUGACCCUUCUGGGAAGGGCCCACCCGAGACCAAGGCAGAGGAUACUGGACUUCGGAAAUCUCUGGACAGAUUCUAUGAAGUAUUUGGCCAUCCACAGCCAGCCUCUGGAAAUUCACUCUCCACAUCCGUCUACCAGUGCCUGUCUCAGAAAAUCAAUGAACUGAAGGCCAAGGAGAACCAAAAGUACACCCUCCGCAGUUUUCAAAUGGCGCGGGUCAUCUUCAACCGGGACGGCUGCUCCAUCUUACAGAAGCAUUCCAGGGACGCCCACUUUUACCCAACCAGAGAAGGAAGUGCGUCUCUGGAGGAUGAAAAGCUGACCCCAGGACUUUCAAAAGAAAUUAUUCAUUUCCUCUUGCAGCAGAACUUGAUGAAAGACCCAUAACUGUUGCCUGGUGGUGAGAGCAAGCAUAUGGGGGGUAGCCCUGUGGCUGAGACUGUUGGUGCAUCACCCAGAACCCCUCAGGUCUCUUGCCAGCUCUGUGUGCCCAACCCCCAGCUAAGUGCUUUGCAGGCAAAGGCUGGCAUCUGUGAUCUGGUCCUGGAGCCAAUUCGGCCCAAAUGGAGAGCCAGCAGUGUCUGGGGGUUUUAUUGCCUCCAUGGCCACCCCAUCUCCUACCCGACCCUUUGACCUAAGGCUGGUGACCAACUGGUUUGGGAGUCUGAAAGUCCAGCUUCCUUAUCUCCAGGAAGGACAUGCUCUGAGGCGUGAUUCAAGUUCCAGAGCUCUCCUCCUGACCAGGCCAAGGCUGGGGCUUCACGUGAAACCUCACUCUUGCCUGGCUCCUUCCUUCCCCUGUCCUUCUCCCACUCACUGGUGUCUCCUGGGAGCGUUUCCUUAGUAAAUCUCUUGCACCUGAACCCUUGACUCAGAUUCUACUUCUGGAAGAAGCCGACCUAAGAGAAUAGGCUUCCGUUCAAUGAGUUUUUUUUAUUGUUUUUAAUGUAUUUAUUUUAUUCUUAUUUAGUUUUGGCUGCAUUGGGUCUUCGUUGCUGCAUGGAGGUUUUUCUCUAGUUGCGGCGAGCAGGGGCUACUCUUCGUUGCUGUUCACGGGCUUCUCACUGUGUUGUAUUCUCUUGUUGUGGAGCAUGGGCUCUAGGCACGCGGGCCUCAGUAGUUGUGGCACGCAGGCUCAGUAGGUGUGGCUCGCGGGGUCUAGAGCGCAGGCUCAGUAGUUGUGGAGCACGGGCUUAGGUGCUCUGCGGUAUGUGGGAUCUUCCCGGACCAGGGCUCAAACCUGUGUCCCCUGCAUUGGCAGGGGGAUUCGUAACCACUGCACUACCAGGGAAGCCCUCAGUGAGUUUUUUUGAAGGGAACAAAGCCUUAUGCUGAAUCAAGUAUAAGAAUUUUAACAAAUUGUAAAACUGUGACCAUGUGAUUGGGAACGUACGUCCCCCAAUAAUACAAAGAUUUAAAUAUGGUUCCAAAAAGUGCAUCACAUCUUAAUCAUACCUUUGCCUCUCCAAAACCAGAGUUUCCUGUUUUAUAACAUUAACUGGGUAUGGAAGGAACAUUUGAACCAUCUAAAAUGACAGCUAAGA